GCGGGAGCCGAGCUUCGGAAGCCGGAGAGGCAGCCGUGGAUUUGCCCGGCUGGCCGUGCCCCAAGGCCCAGCCCUGGGGGUGGGGAACCGCACGGAAGAGCUGGAAACUUUCCCGGCAGGAGCUGACUCUUGGUGGGUCAAAAACAUCCCUCAGGAGAAAGGACAGAAGAGAACAUUGUAAUCCAAGGACCUUCUCUUUUCUUGGUGAAUGAGAAAUCACUAGAAAUAGCUUUCUGUGGUUGACUUGUCUGGAGGAACUUUCCAGGUGCUUGAAGUACAGGAGAAAGCCACUCUCUGUUGCAGGCCAGAAGAGCCUGGGGUGAGACGAGAGACAAGAGUGUUGAAAAUGUUGAAGGCUGUGCUGAAGAAGAGCCGAGAGGGGGGAAAGGGAAGCAAGAAGGAAACAGGAGGUGACUUUGGUCCAGAGACUCCUCCCAUUCUGCCUCCUGGUCUUGGAGGCGAUUCUCCCGUGAGCAGUCCUCCUGCAGCAGAGGAUUCCUAUCGUGUGAGCUUGGCCAAAGGUGUCUCCAUGUCUCUGCCGUCCUCACCCUUGCUGCCUAGACAAUCUCACUUGGCACAAUCAAGAUCAAGCAAAAAAUCUCCAGGUCCGGUCAGGAAGCCCAAGUAUGUGGAAAGCCCCAGGGUGCCUGGAGAUGCAGUUAUAAUCCCGUUCAGAGAAGUGUCCAAGCCUGCAGAGCCCAGUGAGAAUGAAGCAAAGGCCGAUAAUGAACCGAGCUGUUCGCCGGCAGCUCAAGAACUGUUGACAAGGCUGGGAUUUUUACUGGGAGAAGGGAUCCCCAGUGCCACACACAUAACCAUUGAAGACAAAAAUGAAACCAUGUGCACGGCUCUGAGUCAAGGCAUCAGUCCUUGCUCCACACUAACAAGCAGCACCGCAUCUCCUAGCACCGAUAGCCCCUGCUCAACCUUGAAUAGCUGUGUCAGCAAGACAGCAGCCAACAAAAGUCCCUGUGAGACCAUUAGCAGCCCUAGUUCUACCCUGGAAAGCAAGGACAGUGGAAUUAUAGCCACAAUUACAAGUUCAUCCGAAAAUGAUGACCGGAGUGGCUCCAGUUUGGAAUGGAAUAAAGAUGGAAGCCUAAGGUUAGGGGUUCAGAAGGGAGUGCUUCAUGACCGCAGGGCAGAUAACUGCUCCCCCGUGGCAGAAGAGGAGACCACUGGGUCAGCGGACAGCGUGCUGCCUAAGGCAGAAUCCUCAGCUGGAGAUGGUCCGGUCCCUUAUUCUCAGAGCUCCAGCUCGCUAAUAAUGCCACGGCCCAACUCAGUUGCAGCUACAAGCUCUACCAAAUUGGAAGACCUGAGUUAUUUAGAUGGACAGAGAAAUGCUCCUCUCCGGACUUCAAUUCGGUUACCAUGGCACAAUACGGCUGGAGGUAGGGCACAGGAAGUUAAAGCACGAUUUGCUCCCUACAAGCCCCAAGACAUUUUGCUGAAACCUCUGCUAUUUGAAGUGCCGAGCAUCACAACAGACUCUGUGUUUGUUGGAAGGGAUUGGCUCUUUCACCAAAUAGAAGAAAACUUGAGGAACACAGAACUGGCAGAAAAUAGAGGAGCGGUUGUUGUUGGAAAUGUAGGAUUUGGGAAGACAGCCAUCAUUUCCAAGUUGGUGGCACUGAGCUGUCAUGGAAGCCGCAUGAGGCAAAUUGCAUCCAACAGUCCCAGUUCAUCACCUAAAACGUCAGAUCUCACCCAGGAUCUUCCUUUCACUCCACUGCUCUCACCAAGUUCUUCCACGAGUGGUCUCAGCACAGUGAAAACAGCUGCAGGAGCUAACACUUCUGAAAAUCAGAGGCCAAAAGAGGAUUCAGUGAAAUCUCUUGCUUCUAAGGUGGUAGCCUACCACUACUGCCAAGCUGACAACACAUACACGUGCCUGGUGCCAGAGUUUGUGCACAGUAUCUCAGCUUUGCUCUGCCGGUCCCAUCAGCUGGCCGCAUACAGAGACCUCCUGAUCAAAGAGCCUCAUCUGCAGAGCAUGCUGAGCCUUCGAUCCUGUGUGCAGGAUCCCGUGGCUGCUUUCAAGAGGGGUGUGCUGGAGCCACUCACAAGCCUGAGAAAUGAACAGAAAAUUCCUGAAGAAGAAUACAUUAUUUUGAUAGAUGGCUUAAAUGAAGCUGAGUUUCAUAAACCUGAUUAUGGAGAUACGCUUUCUUCAUUUAUUACCAAAAUUAUUUCUAAAUUUCCUGCCUGGCUGAAGUUGAUUGUGACUGUAAGAACAAAUUUUCAGGAAAUCAUAAGCUCACUGCCGCUCGCCAAGCUCUCCUUAGAUGACUUUCCAGACAACAAAGACAUUCACAGCGACCUGCACGCCUAUGUCCAGCACAGGGUUCACAGCAGCCAAGACAUCCUCAGCAACAUCUCUCUGAAUGGCAAGGCCGAUGCUGCCCUCAUCGGGAAAGUCAGCAGCCACCUGGUGCUGCGGAGCCUCGGUUCCUAUCUGUACCUCAAACUCACGCUAGACCUCUUCCAGAGGGGACACCUGGUCAUUAAAAGUGCCAGCUACAAGGUGGUGCCUGUGUCUCUGUCGGAGCUCUACUUGCUGCAGUGCAACAUGAAGUUCAUGACCCAGUCUGCCUUUGAGAGAGCACUUCCUAUUUUAAAUGUGGCCCUUGCGUCCCUCCACCCCAUGACAGACGAACAGAUUUUUCAGGCUAUUAAUGCCGGCCAUAUCCAAGGCGAGCAAGGCUGGGAAGAUUUUCAGCAGAGGAUGGACGCCCUCUCCUGCUUUCUCAUUAAGAGGCGAGACAAAACCCGCAUGUUCUGCCACCCAUCCUUCAGGGAGUGGCUGGUCUGGAGAGCAGAUGGUGAAAACACAGCCUUCCUGUGUGAGCCCAGGAAUGGACAUGCUCUUCUGGCGUUCAUGUUCUCACGACAGGAGGGCAAGCUGAACCGCCAACAGACCAUGGAGCUUGGCCACCACAUCCUGAAGGCUCACAUUUUCAAGGGCCUCAGUAAGAAAACUGGAAUCUCCUCAAGCCAUCUUCAAGCCCUGUGGAUCGGUUACAGCACUGAGGGGCUAUCUGCUGCCCUCGCCUCUCUCAGGAAUCUCUACACUCCCAAUGUGAAGGUGAGCCGUCUCCUGAUUUUGGGAGGGGCCAACGUGAACUAUAGGACAGAAGUUUUAAAUAAUGCCCCCAUCCUGUGCGUCCAGUCUCACCUUGGCCAUGAAGAAGUUGUCACUCUGCUCCUGGAAUUUGGUGCCUGCGUGGAUGGUGUGUCAGAAAAUGGCAUGACUGCACUCUGCUAUGCGGCAGCUGCUGGCCACAUGAAGCUGGUGUGUCUGCUGACCAAGAAGGGGGCGAGGGUGGACCACUUGGAUAAGAAAGGCCAAUGUGCGCUUGUGCACAGUGCGCUGAGAGGCCACGGGGAUGUGCUGCAAUACCUACUGACCUGUGAGUGGUUGGCAAGUCCUUCCCAGCCCGGGACACUGAGGAAGAGCCAAGCUCUGCAGCAGGCAUUGACGGCGGCUGCCAGCAUGGGCCACAGCUCGGUGGUCCAGUGCUUGCUGGGAAUGGAAGAGGAACAUGAAAUCGAAGUCAAUGGCACUGACACAUUGUGGGGAGAAACAGCCCUGACUGCCGCCGCAGGAAGAGGGAAGCUGGAGGUCUGUGAGCUGCUGCUGGAGCAGGGAGCCGCGGUGUCACGGACCAACAGGAGAGGGGUCCCUCCUCUGUUUUGUGCAGCCCGCCAGGGCCAUUGGCAGAUUGUGAGAUUGCUGUUGGAACGUGGCUGUGGCGUGAACCUGAGUGACAAGCAGGGCCGGACGCCGCUCAUGGUGGCUGCCUGUGAAGGGCACUUGAGUACUGUGGAAUUCCUCCUUUCUAAAGGUGCCGCCCUCUCUUCUCUGGACAAAGAGGGCCUGUCAGCAUUGAGCUGGGCUUGUCUGAAAGGUCACAAGACAGUGGUCCAGUAUCUGAUUGAAGAAGGAGCUGAGAUAGACCAGACAGACAAGAAUGGGCGCACUCCCUUGGACCUGGCCGCUUUCUAUGGCGAUGCGGAGACAGUGCUGUACCUAGUGGACAAGGGAGCCGUAAUUGAGCAUGUGGACCACAGUGGAAUGCGCCCCCUGGACAGAGCCAUUGGUUGUCGAAACACUUCUGUAGUAGUCACACUCCUCAGAAAAGGAGCCAAAUUAGGAAAUGCUGCUUGGGCGAUGGCCACUUCCAAACCUGAUAUUUUGAUUAUACUUUUACAGAAAUUAAUGGAGGAAGGAAAUGUGAUGUACAAAAAAGGAAAGAUGAAAGAGGCAGCCCAGCGGUACCAGUAUGCAUUGAGGAAGUUUCCUCGAGAAGGAGUCGGGGAGGACAUGAGACCAUUCAAUGAACUGAGAGUUUCCCUCUAUCUCAAUUUGUCUCGAUGCCGAAGAAAAACAAAUGACUUUGGCAUGGCAGAAGAAUUUGCAUCAAAGGCUCUGGAACUGAAACCCAAGUCGUAUGAAGCUUUUUAUGCAAGAGCAAGAGCAAAGAGAAAUAGCAGGCAAUUUGUGGCAGCUCUGGCUGACUUGCAGGAGGCUGUGAAACUCUGUCCCACCAACCAGGAAAUCAAGAGGCUGCUGGCCCGCGUGGAAGAGGAAUGCAAGCAACUCCAGAAGAGCCAGCAGCAAAAACAGCAGUGCCCACCACCAGCGCCACCCAAUGAUUCCGAUCAUGAAGAGGACACCCCAACUUCUGAGCUAAAUGACCAUUUCCACCUCGAGGAGGCUGACGAGGAAGAAACUUCUCCACAGGAAGAAUCCAUUUCCCCUCCUCCCAGGUCCCAGCCACCCUCAUCUGUCCCCUCCCCGUACAUUCGAAACAUCCAGGAAGGGUUACAGUCCAAAGGUAGGCCGGUAUCACCACAGAGCAGGGCAGGAACCAGCAAGGCCUCGAGGGAAACUGUGGCCCAGCCGGGCUUGGUUAUGCAGCCCACCAAACAGGCACAGAUAGUGAAGACCAACCAACAUCUGGGUUCAGGGCAGUGUGCUGUGAGAAGUAAUAGCACAAAAAUGCAAGUCUCUUCGCAGCAUCCCCCCCCAAGUCCCAUGCCAGGUAGGAUUCCCGCAGCUGCUGCUGGAGGCAGAAGCCAACAUGUAGAGGGAGUGGGGCCCUUUGCCAUGGGAGCCGGCUGUGGACACUUUGGGGAUCGGCUGGGCCCCAGCCAGAAUGUCCAGCUGCAGCGCAGUGAGAGUGGGACUGCAUACCCGUUACCAAGCAAGGUCAAAGCUGCAGAGAGGCUCCUGUCUCACGCCUCUGUAGCUGGCGACGUAGCCCCGCCAAGCCAGGGUGGACCAGGUAGUGGCGGUGAUAUGAGACACCCUGCUUCCCUUGCCAGCUCAGGCUCUUCUGGUUCUCCGUCGAGCAGCAUAAAGAUGUCAAGUUCCACCAGUAGUCUGACUUCUAGCAGUAGUUUUUCAGAUGGCUUCAAGGUCCAGGGACCAGAUACUCGACUUAAAGACAAAACUAUAAACCAGGUGCAGAGUGGAACUGCCGAGCACAGGCCACGCAAUACUCCAUUCAUGGGAAUCAUGGACAAGACUGCAAGGUUCCAGCAGCAGAGCAAUCCUCCAAACCGCACCUGGCACUGCCAGGUGGCAGAGGGGCUACUGACAAACACAGCUGCUGCAGCUGGCCUGCAGCCUUCUAACUCUGAGAAGCCCUCUCUCAAGCCAGGAUAUUCCCACCAAGCCAAGCCCUCUUCUGUUUCUACCCUGGGUGGAAGUGUUCACAACGGGGCGCCGGUGAAGGAACUAGAAGAAAACAAGUGCCAAAUCCCAGUCCAUUGCCCAGACAUCAGGAUAAGUAAGAGUGUUUCUCAUCUGUACCAGGAAAGCAUCCCCAAGCAGCCACCUCACAGCACUAAUGAAGCCCACAGAAGUCACCUCACUUCAGCGAAACCAAAGCGCUCAUUCAUAGAGUCAAAUGUGUGAGCCUUAAGAGACGCAGUCUAAAAUUGGAAAAGCCUGUUGGGCCCUGGUGGUAAAUACUACCAGAACUUUUUUUUCAUCAUAAGAAAUUUUAGCCAUAUUUUUCCAUCCUCCAGGGUGGAUCUGAUGCCAUUGACAUAUUAAAAAUGUAAGAAAACAGUUCUUUUCUAAGCAGCUAGAAGUCACCAUAAAUAAGAAUGCUAAACAGAGCUGAAAACUAAUUACUCAUACAUACAUAUAUAUAUAUAUAUAUAUAUAUAUA